AUGGAGACGGAGACAUCACGUCGGUCAAGCCGGUCUCGCGCCGAGCCAGAUAAACCCAAGCGCGAGCAAGUGCUGGCUUUCAGCCAUCGCAUCUACUUUCUGAGCAUAGCUCUUCGAGCCUGGCUCACGCUCUCCGUCAACACCAGCUAUCUCCAUCCAGACGAGGGCGAUGGCGUGCGUCAACUUCAAGGCGAUCUCUUCUCGCUUUUGACGGCCAACGAUCGUGUGCGAAGCAGCGUCUGGCCCUUGCUGACCAUCGGCCUACCCAAAUUCAUCAUGAGCUGCCUAUUUGGACCAGAUAUUGCCCUCAAGCCCGAGCUCCUUCUCUGCAGUACCCGCGUCUUUAUGCUCAUCUUGACUUUUGUGACGGACUAUGCCAUCCGACGUACCUGCCUGCAUCUUGGCCUGGACCACUAUGCUACCCUGGCCAUGCUGGGUUCUUCUGUCGCAAUGAUUGUGUUUCACACCCGCUUCCGGCCAUCAUUCUGGUCAUUCGACAUUUAUUCCAACUUCGCAGGUGUCUUCUUUCUGUCUGGCAGCUUGCGCGUGCAUGGGAAGCAUGUGCGCCGCGAUCUCCUCAUCGAGGUUUUGACCACGGUACUGCUGUCUGGAGCCUGUUUGACCUUUUUUGAUACCGUGCUCUCCAACUGGACCGAGCUUUCACAGGGCCGAUGGCCAAAGCGCAUCAUUGUGCCACCCCUUUUUGGAUUGCGGCGCCAACGCAUGUUCUUCCAAGCCACGGCACCAAAUCAAAUUGGCGGAUUACAUGCCAUCCUUUUAGCCACGGUUUUUCUGGGCGUUUUUGUGUGGUGGCUGUUGGAUGUCAGCGCCAGCGCCCUCGCCAAUCCCCGUUCUCAGUUUGCGCUUGAGGUGAACGAGGUGGUGUGGCGUGGACAUCGGCCCAAAUUAGGUAGCAACUCACCCUUGGUCAGCUUUGUCAAGUACAUGUCCAUAUCUUGGGCCCUGGGCUUUGCCUGUCUAGUCCUCUCGGGCCAUGACAUUGCCAUAUGGGACCUGUCUGGCUUGAUAGUUCCAGUGGCAAUCGUCUUUGGCACGCGCACUUUUGGUCGUAUUGCCGUCAACUCGUCUCCCUUGGCCUGGAUUGCCCUGAACUUGUGUCUUGUGUGCUACUAUGGAACACUGCUUCAGAGUGGUGUGACGCCCGCUCUCAAAUAUGUCUACUCGGAGCUUCAGCAUGAUCGUUAUCGCGGCGAUAUCCAGUCGAUUGCCGUGUACAUUAAUGUGCCGUCAGCACGACCAUAUCUUCUGCCCGAGUGGGCCGACGACGCCUCCUGUGCGCAUGCCUUUCGAGUGUAUGAUCUCAAGUACACCACGACAGCAGAUGAUGCAAAGGCGUUUAUCAGCAACAUCACACGCCAAACGGCCGUGUCAUGUUUUUGUGACUCAGUUCUGCUCAUUUAUAUCCAUGCCAUUUGUGUGAUCCCUUGA